CUGAUUUCCGCGCCAAUUCACAUCGGUUCUCGUACCUCCGUUACUGCCGCGUUCUAUGCAUGCUGUACGCCAUGACCAAUUUUAACGUGUCUGCAUACAUUGCUGCAGGACGAACCUCGGGUGGCAGUCUGUCCCGCGAGAAUCCCCCGUCUCUAGACGCCGCUGAGCCAAGAUGGCGGUGUGGAAAUGAGCCUGCUGGGUAUAAAGGCUAAGCGAGAGCGUGGCGGUGAUGUGUCCUUCGCAACGCUGUCGUCGAGGUCGGAAACAUGCUCCUGACUGGUUUAAUUGCGCUCGCCUCCUUCAUUACCACUUUAGCAGAUGCAGUCUCGAUCCGGAGGCCGCCUGAUAUACUGCGGACAAGGUCCCCGUCGGCUGUGACGGGAUAUGUGCAGACGUCCGGCCAGAGCUUCACCCUCGAUAGUGAAGUCUUCACAGUCGUUGGCGCAAACUCAUAUUGGGUGGGACUCACUGGCCUCAACACUAGUGAGAUGGACCAGGCAUUCGCGGAUAUUGCGGGAGCAGGUGCCACUGCAGUCCGAACUUGGGGUUUCAAUGACGUGACGUCCCCGAGUGGCGACUACUACCAGCUCUGGACGAAUGGUGUGCCUACUAUCAAUUAUGGAGCUACUGGCCUUGAGAACUUCGAUAACGUCGUGGCCACGGCAAAGGCGAACGGUCUCAGGCUGAUUGUUGCUCUCACCAACAACUGGGACAACUAUGGCGGAAUGGAUGUCUAUGUUAGCCAAUUGACUGGCACUGAUUACCAUGACUACUUCUACACGAACACGGACGUGAUCGCUGCAUACAAGAACUAUGUCAAUGUCUUCGUCAGCCGCUACGGUGACGAGCCCGGCAUCCUCGCCUGGGAACUUGCCAAUGAGCCGAGGUGUGCAGGAUCGACUGGGGUGACUUCGGGCAACUGCACCGCUACGACCAUCACGACAUGGAUUGAAGAAAUGUCCGCGUACAUCCACUCCAUCGAUUCGAACCAUCUUGUUGCCAUCGGCGACGAGGGCUUCUACGACGAUCCAAGCAGCUCGGACUAUCCAUACCAAGGAGGCGAGGGUAUCAAUUUCACAGCGAACCUUGCCAUCCCAACUGUUGACUUCGGAACUGUACAUCUGUACCCGCUAAGCUGGGGCGAGACGUCCGACCCAAUUGAUUGGGGAGUCCAGUGGAUCGAUAACCACGCUGCAUCCCAGAAGGCUCAGAACAAGCCUGUGAUCCUCGAAGAGUUUGGCAUCACUGACAACAUGACUGAAACAUACGAAGCGUGGUACUCUGCGAUCGUCAGCUCCGGAUUAACAGGUGAUCUCAUCUGGCAAGCUGGCUCGUACCUUGCGAGUGGUGCGACCCCCAACGAUGGAUACGCGGUCUAUCCGAAUGACACCGUAUACGCUCUCGAGGCGCACUGGGCCGCGGAACUUAAAGCAAGAAACGCGGAGUGACUUCGUCGUUCCUUGUUGUAAUUCUGUUAGGAAUUGCGGACAGCAGACAACUUCGAAGACGAAUUGACUAUUUCAAAAAUGUCUGAUAGGUGUGCUGUAUGGCAGAUGCCGAUCUGUACGGUGUCAGAUAGUCGAAACAUGACGACUUCAUUGCCAGGGGUUGAGAUAUUUGGUCGCCGUCGGCUUUAUGAACGAUCGUGUGCCGUGAGUGAUUGCUUGAGGCCUCUGUAUAAACUGUCCCUGCGUGGAUUCGGAUUCUUGGCCAGAGGAUUCGGAAUAGGUCAGGUGCUGGACAGUGUGAAUAACUAAGCCAGC